CGGAGCUGCGAGCUGGUGUCACAAGAGCAGAGAGCGCACAAGGCGCAAACAUCCGACGGGCCGCAGUCUGCCUGUGCUUUGCCCUCCGAGUGGAAGCCGCACACUUCUUUUUCGACACAAGCAUGGCCGCCCGGUCGAUUGCGCUUGGAAACCUGUGAGCGCGCCUCAUCCGACCGCUCGAAGCGCUCCGCUUGGGAAGAUGGGAAGGACUGACGGGAUGAACAUGAUUUUGAUCACAAUACUGCUGGGACAGGCGGGGGCCGCAGACAAGAAGGAGGAAUGCCCGUCGGGCCACUACACCACCGACGGAGAAUGCUGCAAGCAGUGUCCGCCCGGCGAGGGUGUCGUCAAGCCGUGCGGGGCCACGCAGACUGAGUGCGCGCCCUGCCUGGACAGCGAAACCUUCUCGGAAAACUUCAGCCACGCGGAGCGCUGCCGGCCGUGCACAAAAUGCACGGGGCUCUUCCGCAUGGAGACGCCGUGCACGGACGCCAACGACGCCACCUGCGUGUGCAACUACGACUUGUACCUGAACAAGCUGUCGCAGAGGUGCGAGCCGUGCACCAAGUGCCCCGUGGGCCGGGGCAUGCUGCUCAGCUGCGAGUUGGACCACGACACCGUGUGCGAGGACUGCGGCGCCGGCGACACCUAUUCGGACCAAGAGAGCUCGCACGAGCCCUGCAUCCCCUGCAGCAGCUGCGACGAGGGCGAGGAGGUGCAACUGCAGGCCUGCACCGCCGUCACCAAUACCGUUUGUCAAGAUCAGUACCCCGUCGUGUCGCCAACGGCCUUCACCGAGCCCACCUACGUCGACUUCCCCAUCGACGACCCGCCGUCGGACGGCCCGACGGACGGCGGCGCCACCGACGCCGCCGCUACCACCGCCGCCGCCGACGACCGUGACCGUGACUCCCACGAGCGCAUCUCCAAGAGCCUGAACCACAAGCUCAUCCCCGUCUACUGCUCAGUGCUGGCGGCCGUCGUGGUCGGCCUCGUGGCCUUCAUCAUCUUCAAGAAGUGGAACAGUUGCAAGCAGAACAAGCAGCAGGCCAACAACUGCGCGUCCAACCAGAACCAGACACCGUCGCCUGAGGGCGAGAAACUGCACAGCGACAGCGGCAUCUCGGUGGACAGCCAGAGUCUGCAGGAGCAGCUGGGUCAGACCCAGACGCACACGGUGGUCACCAUGGACGAGGACCCGGGCCUCCUGCUGCCUCUGCAAACCAGAGACAAGGUGGAGCAGCUGCUGUUCAACGGCGGCCGGGGGGGCGACGGCAGCGCCGAGGACGACUGGCGCAACCUGGCCGGCCUGCUGGGCUACGAGGAGGAGCGCGUCGCCGCCUUCCGCCAGGAGCAGCGCCCGGUGCGCGCGCUUCUCUCCGACUGGGCCGGCAAGGACGGCGCCAGCGUGGACGCGCUGCGCGCGGCGCUGCGCAAGAUCAACCGCGACGACGUCGCCCAGAGUUUGGCGCCCGCCCCCGCCAAACCCACCGCCACCUCGGUGGUGUAGCGGACAAACAAACAAACGCCUUCUUUCGCUCGCUCGUCUGGACAUGGAAGGAAAUUAGCUUGACCGGUUCAGUCAGCGAUCAUUCCGAUCCGGAUCAGAGCCCCGUUUUGCCUUUUGCGACCUUUUACGAAUAACCGCAGUCGUCCCAAAGUGAAAGAGUGUGGGCCAAGCGGCGUUAUUUACAUGUUGGCCUCUUCUCGUCGCGUUGAAAAAUGGCCGCCGAGCGGAUGCGUCGUCCCUUCUGGCAGCGGUCUGGAACCUCGCAAGCGUGACACGCUGAGCGCAGGAUGUUUGGAUUCUUUUCCGAACGGACCUCUUCACCGAGAAAGAGUCCCCAAACGCCGAGACAUACAUCGGAGACCCAGUCGUGGGGGAGCCAGCUUGAGGGUACCCUCGGACCUCCAACAUGUCUACAAAUAAACUCAAACAGACAUCCCCCCCGCUCCUAAAAAAAACCCCACAGUGAAUUUGAUUGGCUCAUCGACAUAAUUAUUCCUACGCAGGCAGUGUGAAUGACGUUGCUCACCAAAACAGCGGCGCCUCUGUACAGAAGUUCCAGCAUUCAGUAUUAAAGGUGAUUUAAUGUUAAAAUCGAUUUUUUUUUUUUUUUUUUGCUUCGUGUUGGUCAUUAUUCAGUCACUCAGUUUUCCGUCACUCUGGCCUUCCCUUCGAGAGCAGCACGUGUACCUCCGAAGCGCCUGCUACGUGCUCCGCGCGACCUCGCCACAUUUACAUACGCAGACGGCAAUCGCGACGAGCUCACUAACGCACACGUGAUGGCGACGCCAAAGUAUCAAGGCGGGUUUCGCCCUCGCUCUCCUCUCCGCGUUCUUUCUCAGGGUAUCGCCAACCUCCGAGCGACGCAACAAUCAUGGCGGCGGCUGUCCACGUGGUCCAUUAUUCUGCCCAGAGAGGAAAUCAUGCACCUAUUUCAUUGGGUUUUGUUUUUUUAAACAGCGCGCUAAGGGGGUGGGGGGGGUUAUAUUUGAAGGAGCAAAUGUUAUUGUUAUUCAAAUGAAGGUAUUCCCAUACUCAUUUUCAUGUUGCUCGCUCGAUUGUAGCACUUGUACUUGUCGAUUUGUGUGUUUUGCAUCACAAGUGCCUGGCCACCGUUUCAGGGCUUCUUGAUGUUGUUGGACAAUUUUGUUUUGUGUUGUUUUUGUAGCGAAUUUCGUCCUGUAAAUAGAUGCGGUUUUUUUUUUUUUUUUUUUUUUUUAAGGAAAAGACCAACGUACAAACUGAAAUAUUGGAGAAAAACAACGAAAAAAAAAAACUCAAAAAAACGAUUGCAUGCACAUUGUGUGAUAAAAAGCCUCCCAUGCGAUAACUUUCAAGAGUGCCCAACGUUUGGAAAACUGUGAGCGGACACUUAACUCUGAACAGUAUUUUGUUAAAAAAGGAGAGGUUGGACUUGUACAGGAGUGAAGGUGAUGACGUGCGGAUUUUUUUGCACUUGAGCGUCGUGUCAUAGCGAUGAUGCAAAAAUGAGGGGAGCUCCCGAUGCGCAGUCGCUGAAAUGUACGGCUCGCUCCGAAUGCUCCUCAUAUGUACUAACAGGCUGCAUUGUACUUAAUGUGAAUUUUUGAGCUUCUUGGACCGUACUAAAAGGUCAUGAACCUGGUUCAAUGAUUUAUGAACUGCCAGCUAACGCAAGAAAAUGUAACGGCAUGCUCUUCAAAUAAAAGCUUCAAAAUCC